AUGUCAGUCAUUUUACGAGGAGGAAUCGCUGGAGGAUUUCUUCUCCGUCGCCGAGACUUCUCAGCCGUCAUCACAAGACGAAGAAUCUCAUCCAUUGGAGCCGUAACAGGACGAGCCGUCAAUCCAACGGUUGCUGUAGAACAACGUGCCACGUGGCUACCUGGUCUCGACCCUCCUCCUUACCUUGACGGAAAGUUCGCUGGAGAUUACGGGUUUGACCCGCUUGGGUUAGGAGAAGAUCCGAAAAGCUUGAAAUGGUAUGUUCAAGCAGAGCUUGUUCACUCUCGUUUCGCCAUGCUUGGUGUUGCAGGAAUACUCUUCACCGAUCUGCUUCGUAUCACAGGGAUUAGCAAUUUACCGGUUUGGUAUGAAGCUGGAGCUACGAAAUUCGAUUUUGCCAGCACAAAAACUCUCAUAGUUGUACAGUUUCUACUUAUGGGAUAUCCUGGAGGACCGCUACUGAAUCCGCUAGGUCUUGCUAAGGAUAUCGAAAACGCUCAUGACUGGAAGCUUAAGGAGAUCAAGAACGGUCGUCUAGCAAUGAUGGCGAUGCUAGGGCUCUUCGUUCAAGCUUCUGUGACUCACACUGGUCCUAUCGAUAACCUUGUCGAGCAUGUCUCGAAUCCAUGGCAUAAGACCAUCAUUCAAACCGUCUUCACCUCUUCUUCUUAA